GCGCGGACCUGACGGGACCUGCUGCAACAGUCGAUAUUAAACUGAUUUUUUGGCAGUCACGCCGUCGAACAAGAGAUGAAGUCUCUGAUGUUUAUUUCUCAGGUUUUAUGACAAAUGUCAACGGAGUAAAUUCACGGCACCCCUGGAUUUACACUUUUGCUUCGGAAUAUCGAGGAAUAAUGUGGAAGUAUUUCAGAUGCCGUGGUGGAUGACAUCCGAAAAUGAGCUCAGAUUUUUAGAAGGAACUCGAAUCUCCUCAAGCAAAGCAUUUGAUUAUAACUGUGAGCUCAACCCUGAUGUCAAAGCCUUGUCACUCUACCCGAGGUCCAAAACCUCCUGUGGCACCCAAACCAAGGCCAGCCUCAGAGGUCAGCCAAUGCUUUUUGGGUAAUGGGGACAUAACAUCCUCAGACAGACUUGAACUGAAGCUGGACAAUGAAUCUGAUGCCUCUCAGGAUGAGGCCGAUGUGUCAGGAGAAAACUCUACAGGCGAUUGCAUGGACAAGGACUUAUCAGACACAAUAAAACGGUUCAUUGUGAAUUAUGACACAAACCAUGAAACCACUUAUCAUGAAAUUAAAGAAAACUUUGUUGUGGAUGAAACGAUGGGAGAGGAGGAACACAAAGAUGAUGCGAUUAAUACAGCCUCUGUAAAUUUAGUUGAGGUUGUCCAUGUAAAUCUUAAUUUAGCUGAUGAGGACCAGAGCAAAAACACUGAUGAUAUCAGCCUUCAUGAGAAUGGAGUUGCAAAAGAAAACACCCAUGAAUGUCCUGAAAUCGAGACACACUCUGGAGACCAGUCUGCAGAAUUUAAAGAUCAUCAAAGCCUGUAUGCAGAGAUUGAGGAAUCAUUAACAGACAGUUGCGAGGAGCCAGAUGCAGGCCUAACUAAUGACAUAAAACAGUCAAAUUAUAGUGAGAGGGAUUCUGUCCUCUGUGCGCACUCUGUUGAAUGUCACAAUGAUCUCCAUGAUGAUGCAGAAGAGGAUGAAACUGGGCUUUCAUCAAAUGCUAUAAACUGCAGUCUGCCCUCACUAUGUGAGGAAUACCCCUAUGAUGUCAUUGGUUCACCUGACGACAACAAUACUUGGCAGGCCGAACGCGCUACCAAAGACACAUCUGGUCGUUUCAGGUUUGCGGAGGAGACAGGAGAUGCAUUUGAGCCUUACUCUGUCAUAGAGGUCGUGCCAAGUGAUUUGACAUGCACCUCUGAUCCAGAAGUAAGAUGCUCCGAAGAGGAGUCCAGCAAUGAGAAACCAAUGGUCUCGGAGAACACAACAGAAGAAACUUCAAACCAAGAUCCCUACUACGUUUCAUCGGCCGAUGUUGCGUUGUUAGAAGAUGAACAGGCAAAAUCAGAAAAUGGUGUCUCUCACACUACAAUGCCGUGUGAGGGUAAAGAGAUGUCUAAAAAUGAGGAAGUUGAUGAAUAUGCUGAUAUUGAAGACCAGGGUAGUGAUAGUCUGCAAUUAGAGUGUGUUUCAUCUGAAGAUUAUGUUGAAAUCGGAGAUGAAGAAGAGCCAGUAAACAUGGAAAGGAAAACAAAAUGUAAAAGUGUAAAAGAACGGUCAGCUAGACAUGCCAUCUUGAGUCUUAGAAACAGCUGCCAGCCACGUCUCAGACUAUGCAACAUCACUGUUCCAACAGAUCUGGAUGUAGGGAGGACUCCAGAACUUACCAACCGUGUGGUUUUUGCCCACACCACGGAAGCAUUUGAAGAAGACAUAGAAGAGCUGGAUUGCCACAUUGUGCCUUUUUUUGAGGAUUCGGACACAGACAGUGAAGAACAUAUUUAUGAAGAGGCUGGCUUCGACUCAGAAGGCGAGAACUUUAUCACUCUGGACAGGAAGAGCAUUGUGACAAGAUCUCGUUCGCUGUCUGGGAAAGUACCUGGAUAUGUUCCUGAGACUGUGCCUGAAGAGACGGGCACCGAGUACCAGUCUCACGACUACUACACUGUGACCUUAGACCAGAAUGGAGAUGCACAUCCCAAACCAUUAGAUGAAACAGAGGCCAGUCAAAUUAUUCCUUCACUAAAGCCGAGGCGUUUUCUUCUGUCUCCUCGUUCACUCUCUGUAGAAGGCAGAGAUUUGACAUUAUCGGGGCACUUUGAUGGUGAGAAAUCUCCAAAAGAGGAAAGUAGAUUGCAAAAAAAAGAUGACACACUUUCUUUGCCUUGUGUCAUUACUUCUUCUGGAAGCUUUUCUCAAAGAAGCCACCAGUCGUCCAGCUGUGUUACAACACAUACGUCUCUAGUUGACAUCCCCCCACCUUUCGAGUUAGCUUACAUAACUAAAAGGCCUGUCACCAAAAGCUCUCCAUCCCUUCUUAUCCAACACGAGUCUCCUGACAAUGCCAAAAAGAAAAAGACUUCAUUUAAACGUUUCUUGGCUUUGAAAUUUAGGAAAAAAACAGAUGGCAAAGUCCAUGGAGAUGGUGUCCGUUCCUCCAGGUCAUCAUCUGAGUCUAGCCACCAUGGCCCCAUUCGGGUUCUGGAGAUUGAUCACAAGAGUACAAGUAGCUCCCCUCAGCUUCAGUCCCGUUUGGCAAAGUCGCAACGUAAUGAUUUACCUACCACCUUUGUGCUUUACAAAGAGAGGCAAAGGAGGCAAGGAGUUCCCAAGAGUUAUGCCAACAGGGGUAUCGGCAGAGUGGAGUCCUUUGAGGACCGCUCUCGCCCUCCUUUCAUGCCUUUGCCACUUACUAAGCCUCGCUCCAUCUCCUUCCCAAGUGCAGACACAUCUGACUAUGAAAACAUUCCUGCAAUGAACUCAGACUAUGAGAAUAUUCAGAUUCCACAUGGGAGACCCAUUCGUUCAGUCACUAUAACAGGGUUCUUCGAUGACCAGAAUCGGACAACAUCACCAGCCAAUGAGAAUGAUGGUUAUGUGGACAUGAAUAGCUUUGCAGGGAUAGAAAACAAGCCCACCACCCAAGAACAAGACGACGAAAGUGCCUACACUGAGCCAUUCCCUGUUUGUCAUGCACCUGCCACUGUGUCCAACGAGGAAGACCAUGGACGCACCUCUGAGGAAGAGGAUAGUUGUGCAGACCAUUGCUACGACCGACAGAUUGAUGGCCGAUCCAGAGCUUACUAUGUUGUAAAAGACCUUGUGGACUCGGAGAGAGAUCACGUGAAGGCUCUGAAGAUUCUCCAGGAGGACUUUAGAGAAGCAGUGGAGUCAACAAUUGGGGAGGAUGAAGAACCCCUGUUAGAAAAAGUGAAACUAGAGGAGAUCCUCAGCACCCUUCCUCAAGUUUACCACCUCCAAACUGAGAUCCUGAAUGAGCUGGAGACCCGCAUGAAACAGUGGGAGGACAGCCCGACCGUGGUUGAUGUCAUUUUAACACGCCGGGCAGAGUUUUCAGCCUACGCGAGCUACAUCUCAGACUAUGACCACAGCAUGUCAGUGCUGGAGGAGAGCUGCAGACAGAAUAAAGCUUUUGAAGAUGUGGUGAAACAGUUUGAGACAAAGAACGCCGAAGGAGUUCAUGUUCCUCUAUCACAUCAGCUCCUGCGAGUCAUUGUGCGUGUGCUCCAGUACCGCAUGCUGCUCACAGAUUACUUAAACAACCUCUCGCCGGAUUCUAAAGAGUAUGAAGACACACAAGCUGCAUUGGUCAUCGUAUCAGAGGUUGCGGACCAGGUGAAUGACAAUCUGAAACACGGGGAGAACCUGCUUCGUUUGGUCCACAUUGACUACAGCGUGAGAGGGAAGAGAGACCUUCUUCAGCCUGGAAGGGUGUUUGUUAAGGAGGGCACUCUGAUGAAGGUCUCUCGUAAAUGCCGACAGCCAAGACACCUCUUCCUGAUGAAUGAUGUGAUGCUGUACACAUAUCCUCAGCAGGAUGGUAAAUACAGAUUAAAGAACACACUCACUUUAAGUGGGAUGAAGGUGAGUAAACCUGUUAUAGACAAUGUGCUCAAUACACUGAGGAUAGAAGUCAGUGAUGUUACCAUCACACUCUCAGCGAGUUCUUUAGGAGAGAGAGAGGACUGGUUCCACACGCUGAGUCGGGCUAUAGCGGAUCACGCUGCUGGUCUCAACACCUUCAGCAGUUCUAGUGAGGCGAGAGAGAAAUUGUGGAUGUCUCUCGGAGAGGCCGCACCUGUUCUAGUUCCUGUGUCCCAUGUGAUGAUGUGCAUGAACUGCACGUCUGACUUCAGUCUAACACUGCGACGACAUCACUGCAAUGCUUGUGGAAAGGUGGUGUGUCGUUCCUGUUCGCGAAACAGAUAUCCCCUUAAGUACCUGAAAGACAGGAUGGCAAAAGUGUGUGACCACUGCUAUACCGAGCUCAGAAAGAGAGGUGGUAAUAUUCCUGAAACAUGUGAGAGCGCAAGUCCCCGCACACACAGGGCCAGCAGACCUCUGUCUGCUGUAUUCCAGAGCCUCCAGCCCCCGAGUCUGUGGAGGAACAGAAAGAGCACCUCACCUCUCACACAGGUGUCUGUGGGUGCAGAAGGGUCCACGAUGAGCGGCAGUCUGCAGAGACGCAAAAAGAGCAAAAGGAAGUGGAAGAGGCUGUGGUUCCUGCUCAAAGACAAGGUGCUCUACACCUUUAAAGCACGAGAGGAUAAAGUGGCAUCUGAAAGUCUUCCUCUGCAGGGUUUUACUGUAAAGCAGUCUGAGCGAUCCGAGGGAGAAGACACAGACAGUGUUUUCCAGCUUUAUCAUAAAAAAACACUCUAUUACACUUUCAGAGCAGACGACCAACACACGGCACGCAGGUGGGUAAAUGCAAUGGAGGAAGCCACAGUGUUAUAGUAUCUACAUCUUUGCUCAGUUGGCAACGAGACACUGGGCAAUGUUCUCAUCUCUCCAGUACAAUUUCAGACAGCUUAACCCAUUACGGUCUUAAACACUUCAAUUAAAUCAGAGUUGACUGUGCCUGAGAAACCAGCACAUUCACACAAUGGAUACCUUUUAAAUCUUUAUCUUCUUUUUGGUUGCUGAAUUUUUGGACAGAGUUCUUGAAGCGUGCGUGGAGUCACACAAGGCUUGUUAUGCUUGGCGUAUUCCUCUUGCAUACUGUUCAUUGCCUCUUCUUCUUGACUUCAGACUAAUUAAAAAAGUGCCAAAUGUAUUCAGUGCUGUUCAGUAAAGCAUCAGUUUGCUCAGGUGUUGUGAAUGACUGUUAUAAAUUCUUAUUAUUAUUUGUGUGGACAAAUAAAGGGAAAUGUUCUUUUUUUAAACUGUAACUACGUUUCUAUAUGCAGAUGUAAUCCAGUACAGUCAUUUAUACACUAAAGCGGUGAAAUAAUGUAAAAUAUAAAUUAACUCAAAGUGAGAGGCAUUUUAACAGAUUGAAUCACGACAAGCCAACACAGUCUUGCUACAAAAUAUAAUAAUUGCUUUUAAUUUAUAACUAUUUAGCAUGACAUAUUCUACUACGUCAGAUAUUAAGAGUCAUGUUUUAUAGAAAAUAACACCAUGUGAUAUAUAUAUAGAUUCGGAUUAUCAGAACUGUACCCUAACUGAGUCGAGCUGUAUAUUUUACUCAAAAUACUGUAACGAUUCACAUUGUAAUGUAUAUAAUUUGCUGCUAGAAUAAGAUAUUUCUGUCAUCUGCUGUGAGAUUUUGUAGUUGUUUUACAGUGAUAAAAAAACUGAAAAAAACUACUGUUAUUGUUUUCUACAAUAUGCAUUGGGCAAUGAUGCUGUGGUAUUAGCCACCACUUUCGGCAAAAAUGUAAAAAAACAGAUUCAAUUUCUUAAUCGGAUUUAAAGAAAUCCUUAUUACUUUGUUUACAGUAGUAACAAUAGCUGCAGUUUUAUGGUUACCAUGGUAAUCCGUGCCUUCUAAUGUACUAGCAUGAAGGGGCGUGCUUUCGAAGGACAAGUUGGGUGAAACCUCGAUGCAAAUCAGUAUGCAAAUGUUGUGAACAUCGGUGUCGCAUUAACCUUACAUUAAAAAUUACCAAGUGCCACAUGCUUUAUUUAGCCCUGCAGUGUAGGCUAUUAUAAGCCCACGAUUUCCAUCUAUUUGUCUUAAGCUGUAAAACACUCUCACUUAAUUCUUCAUUAAUUGCAGAAUAACCAGACACCUGUUUAUAAUUUUGCCCAAUAAUGCAAAUGCCACUUUUCAAUUCAGAUAUGGUUUGUAUUUGAUCACAAGCUGGCAUUGAAUCGUCGAUAUCUCUUCUGUAAGUAAAGGCCUGAGUGAUGUUC